AUGGAUCCGUUCCAGGUCCGCCUGCGCUUUGUCUCCACCCUGCAUCGAGUCAACGCAUCGCUACCGACCAUCCAAAAAGCCCUCUCCUACAUCGUCGAACAUGGUCCUUCCAUGCACUCUGAACUAUGGGAGUGCAUCAUCGAUCAAUUCCGUUCCGGCUCCAUCAACCGUCGCAUCAACCUACUCUUCCUCAUCGACUCGAUCUUCACCGAUGAAACCCUCUCGUCUUCCAUCCGAUCACUCUUCCGACCCUACCUCGAACGCGAUCUCUACACACUCAUCGACCUAGCUGUACCCGAGAACCGCUGGGAUGCCGUGCUCAACCUUGCUGCUGUCGAGAAGAUCGUCUCUACCUGGAAGACGCGUUUCAUUUUGAAUCGAUCGCCCCUCGACGACAUCUCUACCAUGCUAGAGGUCCGCAAGGCAGCGCUCUACUCUCUUUCACCAACACAGCGUUCGCAAACAAUUCCGCCUCCCAACGACAUGCAGAGACGAAUAGAGGAGGAUCGAGAACGACACAAGCGACUCCGCGAACGAUCGUGGAUCCUACCUCCCACAGCUUUUUCGCAUACAACCUUGUUUGGGACACGACCGGAACAGUUGGACCCGACCUAUCUGACGCGGAAACAGAGCGCCUCGCCGAGAGAGAAGAAGGAGGAUACCGAUGGGGAACGGAUCUGGACAACGCAGGACUUGGAUUUUAGCGCCAUGUGGGAAGAGACGAGCGACUUUAACGAUGAUGACGAGGAAGACUUGAGAGAGGGCGAAAAGACUUUCUGGGCCAACCAGAUUGUGCCGCCGCUACCGGAAAUGCAGGCCCUUCAGCCAGCACCGACUGUCGCACCAACACCCGUCCAAGCCCAGCCACCAUCGAUCCUCCCACCCAGAGCACCUGCUUCCAUGCGUUUCGCACAACGAUCGUCAUAA